AUGCUUAGAUUCUCUCGGACUUUAACUACAUCUACAAUCAAUAGAACUCGGUAUGGGUUUAUUGGUUUAGGUCAAAUGGGCCAACAUAUGGCAAAACAUAUAUAUAACAACUUGGAACCAACAGAUAGAUUAUAUGUUUAUGAUACCAAUGAUAAGGCAGCCAAUACAUUUGUUGACUCUGUGACAUCGACUAAGGCUGAUACCAACCAUCAAUUGAAGGCUUUAAAGCUGAUUCCGGAGUUUAUCACCGAUGUGGAACCACAAUUGGAUUUCAUCAUUACAAUGGUCCCCGAAGGUAAGCAUGUCAAGGGAGUAAUUAGUGAUUUGGUUGAAACUUAUAAGCUGACAAACCCUCCAAGACUGGAACUGGGGAAAGGUAUAACAUUCAUUGAUUCAUCUACAAUUGAUAUCCCAACAUCUGUUGAUGUUCAUAGAUAUGUUCGGUCCGAACUUCCUCAUUUUGAUUUUAUUGAUGCUCCCGUUUCAGGAGGUACAGCCGGUGCACGUAGAGCAACUCUUUCGUUUAUGUUAUCCCGAGCCAACCAAGAAGCUGUUAGUGAACCAUUAAGGAAACUUUUGGGGUAUAUGGGUAAAAAUAUCUUCCCCUGUGGUUCUAAACAUGGUGUUGGAUUAGCUGCCAAAUUAUCCAAUAACUAUCUUUUGGCCGUGACCAAUUUGGCUGUAGCUGAUUCGUUCCAAUUGGCCAACUCCUUUGGUUUAGACUUGAAAGAGUACGCUAAACUUGUGAGUGUUCUGACAGGUAAAUCUUGGGCCAGUGUUGAUAAUUGUCCUAUUCCUGGAGUUUACCCUAAAGAAAUGAAACUACCUGCUGAUGAUAAUUAUGAAGGUGGAUUUGUCACCAAAUUAACUCGUAAAGAUUUGGUAUUGGCUACUGAAUGUGCUAAAGCCAAUAAUAGAUUUCUUUAUUUGGGUGAUAUUGGUCGUCAUUGGUAUGAUAGAGCUUGUGAUAGACCUCAAUACGCCAAUAGAGAUUUGGGAGUUUUAUAUGAAUGGUUGGGUCAUUUGGAAGUUGAUGGUGAAGGUAACUUAGUUGAGAAAUAA